AUGGAACAUAAUGUGCAAGUGCUUAAUAAUCUGUUAGAUGAAUUUGGUGCCAGGCCAUCUCCUCCGGGAAUGGAAUGGGCACAAGAUAAUUGGUAUAAUAUUCAAGCAAUUGUUGACCGAAUCUCUACCCUGCGGGCAGGGGUGAGAAAAGGUAAAGGAAAACCUAUCGUUUGUUCAAUACUAGGUGCAGUUGUAAUCACUGCAAUUAACAACAAAGAACAGCAGCAAAAAGCCCACAUAGAAAGGGUUAACUCACUGCAAGACUCAGUUAAGUCUUUGCAGAUGCAGUUGGAGGAACAAAAGGCUACUGCCGCUGUCCCCCAGGAAGAGAUGAGAAAUCAAAGGGCUACAGCCCGUGUGCUCCGAGAAGAGCUGUAUGCAAGACUAAUGAAAGAAGGCAAAAGGGAGUCAGAGCUGGAGUCAUCUAAAGAAAUAUACCCUCUCUCUGACUUAAAACCUUUGUGUGAUCAAGUAGAAAAGCUGUCGGUGUCUCUCCAUCCCCUAAUUAAAACAGAAUACACAUAUGAGGGCUCGGAUGACGACACACCUCAAAUAACUACAAAAGAAAUCCCUUAUACAGCAACUGAAUUAGCUAAGUUAAAAAAGGAAUAUAGCAGAACCCCUAAGGAAUCUGAGACGGAGUAUAUUUGGAGAGUUUCUCUUACUGGGGGUGACCAAAUUUUGUUAACAGAAAAAGAGGCUGAAGGAUUUUGGGGAGCCGGAGUUUUCCUGACCACAGGAGAUAACCGGGGCCCCUGGUCUCUUACUCAAAGACCAGCUUACUGGGCGGGAGGACUCAACCCCUUGGAAAGGGGAGACCCCCUGGCUAUAGUGGGAAAUGUUAAUCAGAUUGUAGAAAGUGUUCAAAAGGCUGCUUGUUUACAAAUGAUGUAUGAUAGGGAAUUAACACCAAGACGUGAAUCCCCUAUGAUGCUGCCUGUUGAUCCCGAAAGAAUGAUUCCCCUUAUCAGGGGACUCCCUGAAACUUUGAAGUCCAUUGGCAUUCAGCUAAAAAACCGAAUAGAAAGCCUCACCAAAGGGGAAAGAACUGCAACCGCUUUAGAAGCAGCUUUAACCCCCAGUCGUUACCGUGGAGAAAAUAAGAUUUGGACCUGGGGAGAAGUUGCACAGGAAUUAAUUAAUUAUGGAAGAAAAUAUGGUCCAGUACCCUCAAUUACUACUGAUACUAAAUCAAUUCGGCGCACAGAAUGCAAAAAUACUCUAGCAAGACUCCAAAAGGUAACAUUCUCCUCUGGACAAGGAGGACCCACUAACACUGGGGGAUACAGGGAAAAAAAGAAUACCCUGUGGAUUUUGGGCUUGCAAAAAGGAAUCCCAAAAUCUCUAAUGGAUGGCCAACCCACAGAUAAAUUAGAAAUAUUAAUUCAAGAAUGGCCAGUAAAGGAGGAAUCCCUGAAAGCUGUCCCUGCUACAGUCCCUGCCCUGGAGGGGUCACAGAAAGGGGAGGGAUCACAGCAGGGGGAGGUGAUGGGAAACUCCUCUCUUCGUCCUCAAACUCCUGUAACUUUUUUAAUAGACACUGGUGCUCAGGUAUCUGCCCUGAAAAUUGAAGAUGCAUCUGCAUGUGGAAUCGCUCCCUCACGUAAAGGAGUAUUUGUUGCGGAUGCUUUUGGGAACGUACAACCCCAGAUAACAGCAAAGGUAACAGAGGGAGCUCGCAAAAAUCUUCCCUUACAAGAUGAGGUAACUUUAAGUAGCACAGCUGAUUCUCCACCUUCUGUGAUUGAAGUAGCACCCCCAUACUCAGAACAAUUGCAGAAUGUGUGGUUUACUGAUGCCUCAGCUAAACGGGAAGAUAAUGGGUCACACUUCACAGCUGCCAUCGUCCAGGAGUGGGCCAAGGAAGAAGGAAUCCAGUGGAUAUUUCACACACCAUAUUAUCCACAAGGAAACGGCAUAGUGGAAAGAACAAAUGGCCUGCUUAAACGAUUUCUAAAACCUCAGAAAUCCAAUUGGACUGAACGACUAUGGGAUGCUGUAAAAAUGGUGAAUGACAGAUAG